GCACUUCUUUGAGUCUGUCUUAGGAAAUGGAUACAAAAAGAUGUUCUUCAAAGGGAGAGGAACUCAGAGCUAUAUUUCUUCAGUAACUACUCAGGAGCUGGCCUACAUUUCUGUGAGCAACACCAUAUUUGCUGGUCCUAAGCAGUGGUGUUUUGCCAGCAUGUAUGACUUGGAAGGUCCAAAUGCCUUGGAAUUGGAGAUAAAUACAGUUCUAAGUAGCCAUUGCAGUGUUAGAAAUAGAAUAUGGUAAUCUGGAAGCACUCAACUCCUGAGAAAUCUCCCCAACACUUGAUCAAAUAUGUAAAAGACAUACUUAUUUUAUGUUAUGCCUAUUACUGUUUUGCUUGUGUGCAUGAGUAGAAAUAUAUGAAUAAAGUGCCACGAAGCUGAGUAGAGGUCAUUAGAUCGAGAAUCAUCUCUCCAACAACAAAUUUGAAUUUCUUAACACAUUGUUAUAACAUGAGGGAUGAUGUCAGUUCUCAUGAGGCAAAAAUGCACUCCUGUCUACAGACAUUCACGUAUACAUAUGCAGAGCCCAUGUUGUGUUAAAAUGUGUGUCAUCCUGUUGAACAAGAGAUAUACAGUUGCAUUACACACACAAACACACACACACACACACACACACACACUUACAUCAUGAGUGAAGGGAAAGGAAAAUAAGUCUGAAGUUGAUAUUCUGGAUCAAUGUCCAAUCAUUGUUUUCCAGAAAAAUCUCCUGUAGUGUGUCAAAGCAGUGGUAGCUUCUCAAAAAAAAAAUAAUACAAAUCAAUUGAAAAACAAUUGAAAAUCUUAGAUAAUUGAGAAGAUUCUUGAGGACAGCACUGUCUAACCUGAUCCUUACACCACUGUGCUAUGAAGCCAUCUCCAGGUUGUCUCCUGAAAACCAUGGAAAUGUUGGCUCUUCAGAUCCUUUUGCUUUGCCAUGUUGUGGUUGGGACUGUGGGCAACAUCCUUCUGUUUGUCCAUAACUUCUCUCAAAUCUUGACUGACUCCAGACUGAGGCCAAUACAGGUCAUUCUAAUCAACUUGGCUGUAGCCAAUGCAUUCAUGCUCCUUCUCUUUGCAUAUUCAUAUGAUCUUACUGAUAUUGUUCCCAGGAAGCCUCCAACUGACCUCAAAUGUAAACUUGCAUACUUCUUUCACCUGGUGGCUCGAGGCACAAUCAUGUGCUCCACCUGUGUCCUCAGUACAUACCAGUUUGUCACUCUUGUUCCUGGUACCUGGGCUAGGGUCAUGUUCAGCGAAAUAUCCCCCAAGGUUGUAAGCUAUUGUUGUUACAGCUGCUGGUUGUUCAGUGUCUUAAAUAAUGCUUACAUGCUAAUGAAUGUCAGUGGUCCACAGAAAUCACACAAUGACUCUGAUUCUAAAGGCAAUUCAAUAUGCUCCAUCUCUGGGGUCAGUGUAGACAUGAAUUUCUUGCGGUUUUCCCAUGACAUCAUAUUCCUAAGCAUCAUGGCCUGGACCAGUGUCUCCAUGGUGAUUCACCUAAACAGACACCACCAGAGAAUGAACCACAUACAUAAGGUCAAUCAAAACAACAGAGGCCAUGCUGAGACCAGAGCAGCCCACACCAUCCUGAUGCUGGUGGUCACAUUUGUGAGCUCAUAUACUCUAAAUUGUAUUAGUAUUUCAUUUCACAUUUCCUUUGUGGAAUCUUGUCUCUGGUUGAGGUAUGUCACAAAACUCCUGGCUCUAAGCUUCCCCACCAUUUCUCCCUUACUGUUGAUAUUUAGGGAUUGUAAGGGUCAUUGUUCUCUGCGCAUCAUGUCAGUAUGGAAAUCUAUUUGACAGGGGGAGCCAUUACAGAGGGACAGUAAGGUCAAAACAUGUCCAAACCCUGAAAAAAAUCUCAUCCUGAUACCAGCAGAAGGACUGAUCCUGCCUUGCUCUAGGACUGCAUCUUACAGGUACACACAGAGCCAGUCCAUCCCCCAGCUCUGCCACCCUGUGAUAGUCAUGUAACCUACUGGCCAGGAUGCAGGGUAAACUUCCUAUCUCCUCAUAAGAACAUGUCCAGCUAGCACCAGGAAUUCCUAAUCAUGCAAAUGAAGCAGUCCCAGAAACUGGACCACUGCCAAUGAUGUACACUCAUCCCAAAAAACCCUAACCUCAUUUCAUGUGUUGUAUAGACAAUGCCACCCCCAAUAAAGAUGUCUGUUUCAUGGAAAAAAA